GGGAACACAGACAUUUUCGGAGCUGGAGCCGCCGCUGCCGCCGCCAUUUUGUGUCUGUGGAGAAAGAAGCGUCUGUGGCGGCUGGAAGUGGACAGAGAUCCCCCGUGAGACGGCGGCGUUGCGCACCCGAGCUUCCCUCUGUGUCGUCCCCCAACCCCCCUCCGCGGUCAGCAUGUGGUGAAGCCGGAGCCGCGAGAGACCCGGGGAGAGGAAGAGGAGUCGCCAGGGGAGGCGGGGUGUCGAGAGCGGCUUCUGCUUCAGCUGCGGCGGACCUCGGAGGGGGGCCCGGCGCAAUGUCAGAGCAGACGCCGGCCGAGGCCGGUGCUGCCGGGGCCCGGGAGGACGCCUGUCGGGAUUAUCAGUCAUCGCUCGAAGACCUGACCUUCAAUAGCAAACCGCACAUCAAUAUGCUGACCAUUCUAGCCGAGGAGAACCUGCCCUUCGCCAAGGAGAUCGUCUCUCUCAUCGAGGCCCAAACCGCCAAGGCUCCUUCCUCAGAGAAGCUUCCUGUUAUGUACCUUAUGGAUUCUAUCGUGAAAAACGUUGGAAGAGAGUAUCUCACUGCCUUUACUAAAAAUCUAGUUGCAACAUUUAUUUGUGUGUUUGAAAAGGUGGAUGAAAAUACUAGAAAAAGUUUAUUUAAAUUACGUUCCACAUGGGAUGAAAUAUUCCCUUUGAAGAAACUUUAUGCCCUGGAUGUCAGAGUUAAUUCAUUAGAUCCUGCUUGGCCUAUUAAACCUCUGCCCCCCAAUGUGAAUACAUCUAGCAUCCACGUGAAUCCUAAAUUUUUAAAUAAAUCGCCGGAAGAGCCUUCCACACCUGGCACAGUGGUCAGUUCGCCCAGCAUCUCCACUCCUCCAAUUGUUCCUGAUAUACAAAAGAAUCUUACCCAGGAACAACUAAUAAGACAGCAGUUACUGGCAAAACAAAAACAGUUGUUAGAACUUCAGCAGAAAAAGCUGGAGCUCGAACUAGAACAAGCUAAGGCACAAUUGGCAGUUUCUCUUAGUGUUCAGCAGGAGACAUCCAAUUUAGGUCCUGGACCUGCACCAUCCAAAUUACACGUCUCACAAAUUGCCCCUAUGGCAGUGAAAGUUCCUCAUCAAGUUCCUGUGCAACCUGAGAAAAGCCGCCCGGGUCCGUCCCAAGUUCAGGAUUUGAAAGGCACUAACCGGGAUCCCCGCCUUAACAGGAUGAGUCAGCAUUCCUCUCAUGGAAAAGAUCAAAGUCACAGGAAAGAAUUUCUAAUGAGCACGUUGAACCAGUCUGAUAUUAAGACAAGUAAAACUGUACCCUCUGAGAAACUAAACUCAUCUAAGCAAGAGAAAAGUAAAUCAAGUGAAAAAGUAACUAAGAAAGAACUUGACCAAAUAGAUUCUAAAUCCAAAUCUAAAUCUAAAUCACCAUCACCUUUGAAAAACAAAUUUUCACACACAAAAGACUUGAAAAAUCAAGAAUCAGAAAGUGCAAGGUUGUCUGAUAUGAAUAAGAGGGAUCCGCGGUUAAAAAAACAUCUUCAGGAUAAGACUGAUGGCAAAGAUGAUGAUGGAAAAGAUAAAAGAAAAACUGCAGAGAAAAAGGAUAAAGAUGAGCACAUGAAAUCUGAACACAGAAUGGUUGGAAGUAGAAAUAAAAUCAUAAAUGGUAUUGUACAAAAACAGGACGUAAUAACAGAAGAAUCAGAAAAACAGGGGACAAAACCAGGGAGAUCGAGUACUAGAAAGCGAUCAAGGUCACGAUCACCCAAGUCUCGGUCACCAAUUAUACAUUCACCGAAGAGAAGAGAUAGGCGGUCACCCAAACGAAGGCAAAGGAGUAUGUCUCCAACUUCAACACCUAAAACUGGAAAAAUUCGCCAGUCAGGAGUUAAGCAGUCACAUAUGGAAGAGUUUACGCCAACUUCCAGGGAAGAAAGAAACACAAAAAGAAGCACUAAGCAGGAUAUUCGUGAUCCAAGACGAAUGAAAAAGGCUGAAGAGGAACGACCACAAGAAUCUGCAAAUCAGCAUUCUACAAAGUCGGGCACUGAACCAAAAGAAAAUGUAGAAAAUUGGCAAAGUUCUAAGUCUACCAAAAGAUGGAAAUCUGGUUGGGAAGAAAAUAAAAGCUUGCAACAGAGUGAUGAACAUGGUAAAUCUCCUCAUCUAAGGCAUAGGGACAGCUGGUCGAGCACUAAAGGAAUCUUGUCACCUCGAGCCCCAAAGCAGCAGCAUCGACUAAGUGUAGAUGCUAACCUUCAGAUUCCUAAAGAGUUAACUGUGGCAAGCAAAAGAGAGUUGCUUCAAAAGACGAGUGAACGUUUAGCAUCAGGUGAAAUUACCCAAGAUGAGUUCCUUGUUGUUGUGCAUCAAAUUCGACAGCUAUUUCAGUAUCAAGAAGGUAAACAUAGAUGCAAUGUACGGGAUAGUCCUACAGAAGAAAAUAAAGGUGGAUUAAAAAAGAAACCUCUCUUAUCUGAUGCUGAAUUAACCUACUAUGAACAUAAAGCAAAACUGAAAAGGACACAGGUUCAGCAUUCAUUUCCAAGACUUGAUCUCUUAGAUCCUGAUAUUUUUGACUACCCUUUGACUGAUGCCUUGUUGUCUGGAAUAGAAUGUGAGCCAUCCAAAAGUAAACAUGCAAGUAGAAAUAGUGGAGCACAGUUUGACAGAAAAGAACAAUUUAGUGAAAGAGCAAGACGUCUUUCUCCUAUAUCUGGGAGUCGUACUUAUGCUGAGAAUCUUUCACCCCAUGAGGGCCGGAGAAGACAUGACGAGCAAGUCUCUGCUAAAGGUGUACGAGAAGAGCAGAGAUCUCCAUUCAAUGAUCGUUUUCCACUUAAACGACCUAGAUAUGAAGAUGCAGAUAAACCAUUUGUAGAUAGCCCAGGAUCAAGAUUUGCCGGCCUUGAUACAAAUCAGCGACUUACAGCUUUAGCUGAAGACAGACCGUUAUUUGAUGGACCUAGCAGGCCAUCGGUAGCCAGAGAUGGUCCAACCAAGAUGAUUUUUGAAGGACCUAAUAAAUUAAGCCCUAGAAUUGAUGGACCUCCGACACCAGGUUCUCUUCGCUUUGAUGGGUCACCAGGACAAAUGGGGGGAGGAGGCCCUUUGAGAUUUGAAGGGCCACAGGGUCAGCUAGGAGGUGGCUGUCCUUUGAGAUUCGAAGGUCCUCCAGGGCCAGUAGGGGCUCCUUUGCGGUUUGAGGGGCCAAUUGGCCAAGCAGGAGGAGGUGGUUUUCGGUUUGAGGGAUCCCCAGGUAUGAGAUUUGAGGGAUCUGCAGGUGGUUUGCGAUUUGAAGGACCAGGAGGCCAGCCUGUGGGCCCCCUCAGAUUUGAGGGGCAUCGUGGUCAACCUGUGGGAGGGCUAAGGUUUGAGGGACCACAUGGUCAGCCUGUGGGCGGACAUAGAUUUGAUAGUCCUCGAGGUCAGCCUGUAGGUGGACUAAGAUUUGAGGGGGGUCAUGGUCCAGCAGGGGCUGGGAUCAGGUUUGAUGGACCUCAUGGUCAACCAGGAGGUGUAAUCAGAUUUGAAGGCCCUUUGUUACAGCAAGGAGUUGGAAUGAGGUUUGAAGGCCCCCAUGGUCAGUCAGUGGCUGGUCUGAGGUUUGAGGGACAACAUAGUCAACUUGGUGGGAACCUGAGGUUUGAGGGUCCACAUGGUCAACCAGGGGUCGGCGUGAGAUUUGAAGGACCUUUAGUUCAACAAGGAGGCGGAAUGAGGUUUGAUGGUCCUAAUGUACCGGGAGGUGGCCUAAGAAUUGAAGGUCCUCUUGGUCAGGGUGGUCCAAGAUUUGAAGGUUGUCAUACUUUGAGAUAUGAUGGACAGCCAGGUCAGCCAUCACUUUUGCCACGAAUUGAUGGAUUACACGGUCAGCCGGGUCCUAGGUUUGAAAGAACUGGUCAGCCAGGCCCACAGAGGUUUGAUGGACCACCUGGACAACAAAUACAACCAAGAUUUGAUGGUGUACCUCAAAGAUUUGAUGGUCCACAACACCAGCAAGCCUCAAGGUUUGAUAUGCCUCUUGGUCUCCAAGGCACAAGAUUUGACAAUCACCCGUCACAAAGGCUUGAAUCAGCAGUGCCUUUUGGUCAGCCUGGGCCAUUUAGUGACCCACCGGGUGGUGCUUUCAAUGCUCCGUCACAAGGACUGCAGUUCCAGAGACAUGAACAAAUGUUUGACUCACCUCAAGGACCAAAUUUUAAUGGACCGCAUGGCCCUGGAAAUCAGAAUUUCUCAAAUCCCCUUAACAGAGCUGGACACUAUUUUGAUGAAAAGAAUCUCCCUAAUUCUCAGUUUGGAAACUUUGGCAAUUUACCAGUAACUGUAGGAAAUAUUCAGGCCUCUCAACAGGUUCUACCUGGUGUUGCUCAGCCAAUACCAUUUGGCCAAGGACAACAGUUUUUACCAGUCCAUCCACAAAAUCCUGGAUCAUUUGUUCAGAAUCCCUCAGGAGCUCUUCCUAAGGCAUAUCCUGAUAAUCAUCUCAGUCAGGUGGAUGUAAAUGAAUUAUUUUCAAAACUGCUAAAAACAGGAAUUCUCAAAUUGUCCCAACCUGACUCUGCUACAACACAAACAAAUGAAGCGGCUGCUCAACCUUCCACUGAAGAGGAGGAAGAUCAAAAUGAAGAUCAGGAUGUUCCGGAUCUUACUAAUUUUACAAUUGAAGAAUUAAAACAACGUUACGACAGUGUUAUAAAUCGGCUGUACACUGGUAUUCAGUGUUACUCCUGUGGAAUGAGGUUUACAACAUCACAAACAGAUGUGUAUGCAGAUCACUUGGACUGGCAUUACCGGCAAAAUAGAACUGAGAAAGAUGUUAGCAGAAAAGUCACUCAUAGGCGUUGGUACUACAGUUUAACAGACUGGAUAGAAUUUGAGGAAAUAGCUGAUCUAGAAGAACGUGCAAAGAGCCAGUUUUUUGAAAAGGUCCAUGAAGAAGUUGUGCUUAAAACUCAGGAGGCUGCUAAAGAAAAAGAGUUUCAAAGUGUACCUGCUGGACCGGCUGGAGCCGUUGAGAGUUGUGAAAUUUGUCAAGAACAAUUUGAACAAUACUGGGAUGAAGAAGAAGAGGAAUGGCAUUUAAAAAAUGCUAUCAGAGUAGAUGGAAAGAUUUAUCAUCCAUCAUGUUAUGAAGAUUAUCAAAAUACAUCUUCAUUUGAUUGUACACCAUCUCCCAGCAAGACACCAGCUGAAAACCCAUUGAACAUUAUGUUGAACAUUGUCAAAAACGAAUUACAGGAACCCUGUGAAAGUCCAAAAGUUAAGGAAGAGCAAAUUGACACCCCACCAGCUUGUACAGAGGAAAACCUUGCAACACCCACUGAAAUUAAAACAGAAAAUGAUACAGUUGAGUCCGUUUAAAUAAAAUGAGAAAGGUAUGUUUUUCUUUUUUAAAAAAAGCUGCUGUUGAAUCUAGAAGGUGAAGAAUUUUUUUAUGUAUAUAUAGACAUAAAUCUAUAUAAAUUGUCCAGCUGAAGCAGGGCCUUCAGCUAUCAUUUGGUUAAUAAAUACAUUUUAGUAUUUGCAUUUCCUACUGCCUGCACAGUUUCAGGUGCUUGUUGUGUGAAACUUCUGUAGAUGUGUGCAAAUUUAAAAAAAUGAAAUUGUAUGUGUAAAAAUGUACGAUUUUUCACUUGUGAAACUGUAAAUUAUAAAUAAAAAUAUUUUUGCUAUUCAUGGAGUGUAAUAUUUAUGCACACCAUCAAAUAAAGACAGUGUUCUGUACUUUUUAUUGGGUGAAAAUGGAAUUGAACAGCAACCUCAACAUAGCAGCUCCCCAUGAUUAAAGAAGCAAAGUCUGAAGUUUUAUUAUUCAAAAGGGGGUUGUGAGAGCUUUGAAUGACUUUGCUUAUAGAAAUCCAGAUUUGAAAAUUUUACAUAUUUGUAUAUAUACAUAUUUGUGUAUAUAUAUAUAUAUAUAUAUACAUAUCCAGCUUAGAGAACCAUCCACAUGUCCAUUUUUGGAAAUAUCUAAGGAAGCAUCUUUUAUUCUUGAACAUGGACAUGGAUGCCAUCAAACAGUUAACCUAUUUAAGUACUAAGGGUGAUUUUUUAAAAAAGAUGUUUUUCAAAUGUCAAAUGAUUUAAUGCAGAUGAACAUAUUUCUAUUUUAAGUUACAGGGAAAUCUGUAAGAAUGCUCCUUUGAAACAUGGUUAACAUUUUCCUUUGUUGGUUUUGACUGAAUUAGAUGAAUACCAUGAGAUGUUAGUAUUCAUACAUGUAAUAAAUAGAAUGAUAAAGAAA